AUGUUGCUUUCUCCACUAAUGUCUCCAGAAUACAUAGAACCUCCUCUGGAAUUGAACGUGAAUUCUGAAAACCUUGAAGCUGGAAACACUGAAGAUUUAGAAGCAAGUUUUGAAAAUAAAUAUGCUCCAAUGAUUAUUCAUAUUCAGAAAACAAAUGGUAUCGAGAAAAUCUUGAAAACCAUUGCAAAAUGUGUGACAACAAAGUCACAAAGAACUGUAAUUUUUUCGAAAAUUGACCACGAUUGGGUGAAAUCGCUCCCAUUUUUUAUGAUCUCCACCACGCUUUUACAAGUGAGUUGCAUCUUAUCACUCCUUUUUCAUUUCCCAUUUUAAGAUUGCGGUGUUUGCCUAUUUUUGGUCAAUUUAUUACUUUCAACUUUCAUUCCACCCAUAUGAGGGAAUGUACUUCUAUGGUGGCUGUUUCACAAGUAUCUUUACAUACGAUCCAAAUUAUCCAUAUCAAUUAUGGAGAUGGCUCACCAAUUCUCUCAAUCAUGCUGGUUAUUAUCAUAUCUCUAAAAACAUGGCAGUUCAAAUUACACUCGGAAUGGCACAAGAAACUGCAUUCGGUUUCAAGAAAAUUGCACCACUUUAUCUGGGAGGAGUGGUUUUCUCUCAGAUUCUCAAACUUGCUUUCUCUGCAAAAGCAGGAUAUGGAUGUGGUGCUUCAGGAGGCGAUUAUGCGUUGAUCUUUGCUCAAGUGGCAAAUCUUAUCAAGGUGAGAUAUUAUCGAUAAAGUUAUAGAAUAAAAAAAUGUUAUCUGUAUUUCCAGAACUGGGAAGAUAUUCCAUACCAAAAAGUUCAAUCAGUUAUCCUUGCUGCUCAUGUUCUUGCUGAUCCGAUUGAAGAUUUCUUCAAUUAUCUUUCUGAUGGAUACCUCAUAUAUGCUCACAAACUUCAUUUAUUUGCUGCCAUUUAUGGUCUUUUAUAUGGAUUUUUUAUUAUUUACUACAAAGAAGAGGGAAACGUGAGUUUAUUGUUGAAAAUAAAUUGAUUGUGGUAUUGAUUUUUUAUCCCAAAAAUCUUUUUCGUUUCAGAAAUGGAGUGGAACUCGAAUGCUCUUUCUGAGCUUGUAUGGAGGAGUUUUGGCAAUUGCGACGUGCUACAUUCUCAUUUUCCCUGCACCAUAUCCAUAA